GCCUGCGCACUGGGCGGUGAGCCAUGGCCUCGCACAGGGGCCGGGCGGAGCGGCGCGAAUACCGGGUGUCGGAGCCGCGGCAGCACCCGCAGGGCUUCACCGAGUACCGGGUGUCGGAGCCGCGGCAGCACCCGCAGGGCUUCACCGAGUACCGGGUGACGGCGCGGAUCAUUUCAAAGAAGACAGCGGCUGUCAAAGAGGUGACGGUGUUCAAACGCUACAGUGACUUUAAAAAGCUGCACAGUGAACUGUCCUACAUCCACAGGAACCUGUUCAGGAAGUUGGAAGAGUUCCCUGCCUUCCCAAAGGCCCAGGUGUUUGGGCGCUUCGACGAGGCCGUCAUCGAAGAGCGGCGCCGGUGUGCGGAGGAGAUGCUGCAGUUCACCGUCGACAUCCCUGCGCUCUGCAACAGCCCUCAGCUGAAGGACUUCUUCAAGGAUGGGGAGGCCUGCUGGCCGCUGGAACUCGCUGCUCCGAAGGAUGCCUCCGCCCUGCCGGAGCCGUUAAUCCCUCUGCCGUCCGGAAGCGGCGAAACGCCGGGAUCGUGGCCCCAGCCGUCGGCGGUGGGGCCGGAAUCUGGGGAGUGGUCCGAAGCCCCUACGGAGGUGGUUGAAACCUCACCGCGGACUCUGCCCUGCCUGGAUGAGCCAGGCUCUGGUUGGAUGGCGGAGGAUGGGGCACGAUCCCCGUUUGACUCUGGGAAUGAGGCAGAUGACAAUGAGAGGACGCCCAAGGCCAGGUCCUCCCUGCCUGACAGCGAGCUGGCACUCUUUGACCCAUGUGCCAAGCAAGAUGAGCCAGGCUCUGGUUGGAUGGCGGAGGAUGGGGCACGAUCCCCGUUUGACUCUGGGAAUGAGGCAGAUGACAAUGAGAGGACGCCCAAGGCCAGGUCCUCCCUGCCUGACAGCGAGCUGGCACUCUUUGACCCAUGUGCCAAGCAAGAGAUUGUACCGGACUGCGCUCGACAGAGUAACCUUGAAGCCCUCUCGGUCCCCGGCAGCCAGGCAGAAGAGCUCAGUGACCCCGAGGACCUGGAAGGCCGACUGUCCACCCUGAGGGUGUCGCCAGAUGGCCAGCGCCCGCCGGUGGCUGUGGGGUCAGGGGUCGAGGGGUCGGAGGGCACCGACUAUCUGAGCGCGGCAGCCGAGUGCAUCAAGGAGGCGCUGGAGCGGGAAGCGGCCGGGGAGUACGGGCUGGCCUUUGGCUGUUACCGCAGUGGGGUGGAUAUCCUGCUGAGAGGUCUCCAAGGUGAGCCAAGUGUAGAGAGGCAAGAUGCUAUUAAAAAGAGGAUCGCAGAGUACCUAAACCACGCAGAAGCCAUCUUCGCUCUACACCUCAAGGACACGGUGACGAAAGAAGCCACACCGCCCUCGUGACCGUCGAGCGAGCUCUGGCCGAUUCCCCAGGACCAAAGAUCGUGCCCUGCUCCCGCAGGGAGACUCCCAGGGCACAGCGCGCGGAGGUCUAACCCAACGUCCUCUCCACGUGCCUGAAAAAAAACGAUUCGUGUGACUUUCUCAUCCAAAGUCUUCCAGACCCCUAACCUGGCUGGCUGAACUCCCCACCCUCGUCCCAACAUAGCGCCAUCGUAAGGCAGACCGGACCACCCCGGUGAUUGGGGGCUGGUGAGGGGUGGUCCUCGGUGCAGGGACCCCUCACGCAUGGGGGAGGUUGGGACCCACUUACCACACACACCCUGGUCCAUCAGUGUGGGACAUUACAGGGCUCUGGGUUUUGGUGGGGGAGGUGGUGGGGUGCUGCCUGUAAACUGUCCCGUGUGAGGAAGCACAGAGUCCUCGCUGUCCAGAUCUGGGUGGGUGGUCACAGUGAGGACUGAGGUGGGCUUUUGCCAGUGAGAAGUGGCAGGGGAGAGGGGCAAGCCGACAGGAGACUGCUGACCCCAUGUAAGGGGCUUACAGACAGAUGUGGGACGGGCAGGGGUGUCCCCCACCCCCCCACUGGGGACAGAUGUGCGGCGGGUGGGGGUGUCCCCACGGAACAGAUGCGAGAUGGACAGAGGGGUCACCCCACACUGGGGACAUAUGUGGUGUGGACAGUGGGAACACCGCACUGGGGACAGAUGUGAGAUGGACAGUGGGAUCACCCCCCCCCCGCACUGGGGACAGAUGUGGGGCAGACAGAUGUAACAGAGCUACAUCCCCUUCCAAUGUUCCUCACUCACAUCCGCGCACUGCCUCUGGGGGUGCCCAUGCCGAGAGCCGCCCCCCCCAACCCGGUGUUUUACACAGCAGGAUCCCACUGCGAGGUGGUUCGAGACCCGACACUUUCCCCCGGGCAGUGCAUGCUGCGGUGUAACCACCGGUUCAGGUCACCCAGUUAGACGUCGAUCAAAGGUGCUUCCUGCUCAACCCCUCGACAGAGAGAGGCACCUCUGAGGGUGCAGCACUCCCGCAGCGCUGCACCAGUCCGUGAGCACUGAUCUCCGGGCUGACCCCCACCUCCUCCUGGCGGCUCCGGUGGGUUCUGCUGCUGUUGCUUCCAUCUCUGGGCGUUGGAGCCAUUGGACCUUCUGUCGUCCCCCUCCCCAGGGUGUGGCUGAGCUGUGAGAACCCCCAACACCCCCACUGACUCCUUUCCACUCCUGUGUCAGCAGGUUGACUACAUGGACGGACAGCGGUCCCCAACUCCCGGCUCUGCCGUGUCAGUCGGCCUGUGUGUGUCCAGUCCCCUGGGUCGCACUGUCCGUCAGAUACACACGCAGCAGCCCCCACCCACCCCGUGACAAGCUCCAGCAGUAACUGCCCCCUGUGUUUGCGGGUUCCCAGGAACACCUGGGUCACCCCUGUGCACACAGUCCCCCUGGUUCAGCGGGACCACCCACCCCUCCCACCUGCCUUUUCCCACUGCCAGGUCAAACACUCUCGAGCCUUAAUGUUCAAAUUACUCGCCAGGCUAAUUUAUUUUGUGAUAUUGUACAUACCUGGUUUGCCUCUGAUUAAAGUGAUGGUCAGUUCUGUUCUGUU